UUUGCAUGUUGCUCUUUUAAGAAAAUAAAGGCGGCAACAUUGUUUGUGACACUGUUUUUUCAAAAGCUAAAUACCGAGAAAGUAUAAGUGCCAAAGAAAGAUUUCUAAAAACAGAAAAUUCUGGCAAAAAUUAUGCCUUAAAAAUAUCGGGCUAUUCAUAAAAGUCAAGUCCACAGAUGCUGUUUGCGCAAACAAAGUACCUACUCUGUGGCGAAAUCUAUUUGCUUGAAUUAGGGAAAUAAAAAUAAUAAAUAUCCAAUAUGAACGAUAUUCUUAGACCAGAGUUAGUGUGGAUUGAAGGCAGAUGUUAUAGAGCAAAUGAUGCUACUUCAGAAAUUUCAACUCAUGUUGAACAUGAUUUAUAUGAAAAUGAAAUUCCAUUCCAAGAUAUGCAAGAAGAUGAUGAUGAUGAUGAUGUCGAUGUUAAAGUUAUGGAUUCCGGCAGAUAUUGUACAAGUCUCCAUGUUUCUAAGCAUUAUUUGGGACAAAUUAUUGGAAAGAAAGGUUCAAUGAGAAUGCAAAUACAAAGAGACACCAACACAGACAUUAAAAUUCCUAGGAUUGGAGAAAACAAGGACAUUCUCAUAUAUGGUCCGAGCAUUGCAAAUGUAAAAGCAGCUUGUCGAAGAAUAAACAUUAUUGUGAUGGCUGCUAGAAGGAAGCAGAGACCAACCCAUUUCAUUUCAAUUCCACUGCACCAACCUAACAUACAGAAAACAUUUGAGAUCUUCAAGGAAUCGGUUUUACGAGAAUGCCAGAGUUUAGACGAAUGUUUGUUUAUACCAUCAAGUAAGCUUCACCUGACCGUUGGUGUGAUGUGCCUGAUGGAUAAUGAGGAGAGAAUACUGGUGUCAAAACUACUCACUGAAGCAAAGGAGCAUAUAAUCAUUCCUAUUAUACAAGAACAUUUGCCUUUAAGAUUAAGAAUAAAAGGUUUAUCCUAUAUGAAUGAUGACCCAAAAGAAAUAAAUGUAUUAUAUAGUUGUGUUGAAGAAGAAAAUGCUCCAGCUGGAUUGUUACAAAAAAUGGUGGAUGAUAUAUUAGAUUACUUUUAUAAAAAAGGGUUUAUGGAAAAGGAGUAUGAUCGCGAUAACGUUAAAAUGCACGUCACUCUUCUCAAUACAAAAUAUCGAAGAAGGAGUGAAGACGACGAUGACAGUGUGCCAAGGAAUAAGGGAACCAGACAGACUUUCGAUGGAACUGAAGUGUUGAAUAAGUUUAAAGAUUACGAUUUCGGCGUCGUACAACUUACAGAAAUUCAUUUAUCCCAAAGACAAACAAUUGGCCCUGAUGGGUAUUACCAACCAACGUGUGUAAUAAAUAUAUCUUAAGUAGAGGUUAUAUAUAAGGAUAUCUCCUGUUCCAGAAGCUCACAAGCAGGAAUCUGUUUGUUUAUUAAAUGCCUUUUGUGAACUCUGUACUAAUAUGUGAAUAAAAAAAUUCAUAUUUUUUAUCAU